AUGAACCAAGAUACACCGUCUCUAGAUGUGAAUAAAGACCCUCCAGGCACAACCAUUCUUCGAGUCUGGAACGAGGAGGGACUUCACGACGAAACAGUGCUUCUUCGGCCUACUCCGUCAAAUGAUCCAAACGAUCCAUUGAAUUGGAAAUCCUGGGAGAAAUCCCUAAAUUUCACUCUCGUGCUAUUCUACACCUUGCUGAUAUAUUCUUUGCUGGGUGUGUCUACACCUACAUGGGAACCAAUGAAUACGGAGCUCGGCUUCAGCUACGAAACCCUCACCAACAGCUACGCGGUAGGCUCCGCGGCGCUUUGCUUUGGCGUCAUACUCUUUAUGCCAGUUGCGAUAAAAUUCGGCCGGCGCCCAAGCUAUAUUAUCAGUACUACCCUGCAGAUUGCAAUCAGUGUAUGGGCCUCCAGAAUACAGAAUGUCGCGGACUUGAUGCUCAUCAAUGCAUUCAAUUGCUUCUUUGGCUCACUUGCUGAAGCUAUUGUACAAAUGACAGUUGCGGAUAUCUUUUUCGUUCAUCAAAGAGGCGUCAUGACAUCCAUCUAUGUCUGGGUAGUGAUUGUUGCUAACUCACUCGCGCCAGUCGCGGCAGGAUAUGUGACAGCGGGCCAGGGCUGGCGUUGGGUUUGGAUCUGGGUUUCAAUACUUCUCGGUAUCUGCUUGGUUUUGUUCUUCCUUUUUUACGAGGAAACAAAAUUCACUCCACUGGUUGAAGGUGCAGCGCCCGUCUCCCUCCCCGGCCCCAACAGAAAAUCACGAUUCCUAAGUGGGAGGGACGAGGAAAAGAAUGUGGGCCCUCUUUCAGCACAGGAUAGAGAUACGCUUGCGCAAUCUGCCAGCUUUUGUGUACCGCCUCGAGCUUCUUAUAUCCAGCGAUUGAAACUUUGGUCUAGUUCGCCGGAGUCUUUCACCACCUCCAUAUCUCACGCGGGCCGCCCUUUCGUGGUGAUAUGCACUAUUCCCGCGGUGGCAUAUGCGGCUUUGAUAUAUGGAAUUGUUACUGCGUGCUAUCAAGUCUCGGUGACUGUUAUUGCGGCCUACAUGAUUUUGCCACCAUAUUACUUCACAUCCGACCAGAUUGGUCUCAUGUCCGGCAUACCUGGUUUUAUUGGAACGAGCUUGGGUACACUGCUGAGUGGCUUUUUUAGUGAUAAGAUCAUACUUUGGCUCACUAAGAGGAAUCGCGGUGUCUACGAGCCAGAAAUGAGGCUCUGGCUUUUGCUGGCCUUUGGAAUAUUUGUUCCUGUGGGUCUACUGCUGUUUGGCUAUGGGUUGAGCCAAAUAAAGCCGUGGCCUGUCGUCGCAGCCGGAGUUGGUAUUUUCACUUUUGGGAUGACACCUGCAUCUGGAAUGGUCUUGGCAUAUAUAACAGAUGCUUAUACAAAUGUCAUCUCGGAUGCUAUGGUCGGGGUUGUAUUUGUUAGAAAUGUAUUUGCAACUAUCUUCGUUGUUGCAUUGACACCCUGGAUCGAUGCUACGGGGAUUGCAAAUGUAUUUUUGACAUUAGCUCUUGUCGCGAUCGUUUCUAUAAUCCUGGGCAUUGGUUUAUUAAUUUAUGGAAAGAAAAUCCGCAUGAGGACAGCCAAGAAAUACGAAGCCUGGUCUGCUAGGCAAUGUGGGCUACGAGACUAA